AGAUCGGCAAGCAUGUUGUCUUUGAUGCGACAGGCCACCCAGGCGUUGCGCCGACCUUUGCUGGCGCGCGCCAACAGCAGCUAUGCGGUUGAUUUCACCGGCAAAACCGCCGUUGUGACCGGUGGUACCAAAGGAAUUGGUCGUGCCACGGUCUUGAAGCUGGCCCAGCUUGGUGCCAAUGUCAAAGCCCUGGGGCGCAGCGGCCUGGAACAGUUUGCUGAUGUGCCGAACGUCGAAGGCGUGUACUGUGAUCUGGGCAACACCAGCGAGGCCACGGAGAUUCUGAACGGCCUUGGCGACAUCGACCUGCUGGUCAACAAUGCUGGCAUCACGUAUCUGGCUCCGCUCGAGACGCACGACAUUGCCGAAUUCGAAAAGGUCAUGACGGUCAAUGUGACUGGCUCUCUCGUGGCUGGACAGGCUGCAGCACGUAGCAUGCUGGCACGACAGGCCAAGGGUGCCAUCGUCAAUGUUUCCAGCCAGGCCUCUACAGUCGGGCUGCCCGACCACACGGCUUAUUGCGUCAGCAAAGGGGCCAUGGAUCAGCUGACUCGCAUGAUGGCGGUCGAGCUCGGUCCUCGCGGCAUUCGCGUCAACAGCGUCAACCCCACCGUGGUCCUCACCGACAUGGGCAAGGCGGCUUGGUCCGAUGAGGCCAAGGCUGCGCCGAUGCUGGCGCGCAUUCCUCUCCGCCGUUUCGCCGAGGAGGAGGACGUGGUUGAUGCCAUUGUCUAUCUCUUGAGCGAGCGCGCCGGCAUGGUGCAUGGUGCCAUUCUCCCAGUGGAUGGUGGCUUUUGGGCGGCCUAAACCCGUGCCAUCAUCUUCGGACCGUAGGGCCGAAUAUAGCAAUUGACAUUUUGGUGUG